GUGUGGAUGCAGCAUGCCGAUGCGGAGUGCGUAACUCGCGGCGCAGGCAAGACUUCUUCGAUCUCUGCUGGAAAAGAAGCUGGCGCAAGGUGCAGGGCCAAAGCCACCCUUUCGGCAUGGUCAGCGGCGGUCCGACGAGGUGAGCAGGCUUAGAUGCUAAUUCCAGCCGCUGUAAGAAAAAAUGGCGGGGAUGAUGAGCAUUUUCUUGCUCUUUUGUCUUCUCACUUCAUGCUUUGGCCUUCAACAAAAAAGACAGCUAUUUUGGAAAUUGAACCCUGGCGGCUCGGAGGACACAACAGUAAUUCACAUUAGGGCAGUUGGCACCACGAACACGAUCCACUACAUCUGUAGCCUGCUGGAAAAGCCCUCGUUUUUGAUCGCCGUGACCGAGCCCUUCGCCAACAUCACCAUCAACUGGGAAUUAUUGAUGGCCAGCACUUUGGAUAAGUGCAUUAACUUCCAUCCCGAGCCGUCGUUCGCUUUUGGAUUUACUAUCAAUCGAAUUCUCGAGGUGUACGGAGAGCAUAAUUUGUGGCCUCAUUACAAGAAUGGCGUCUACAGUUGGCACAUGGACCAGUUCAGUUGGUUACCACUUCCUGUGGAAAUUGGCGAAAAGGGUUGCCCUCUCAGAUUCGAGUUUUUGGGCGAGGACUACAUGGACCGCCACUUUGAGGAAUACAAAGGAACCGUUUCUCUUGUGUUAAAGAUUUACGACGAGGAUGGCUUUGACAUGGAAGAGAUUUUGUGGCACACAAUUAACUCGAGCCUUCUCCAAAUAUCAUUGCAAAACUUCCAACCAUACUUCCAAAAUCACUCUAGAUUUGGUUUGGAGUUCUUCGUUGCCAGCAACGACAACAAUUUUUUCGAAAGUGUCAUUAGAAAGAAGCAAAAGAGUUUUGAAAACCUGGUGCCGGAAUAUUUCCAGGUGUAUGAAAUGUCAGUACCACAUGGAUUUUCUAAAAGUGGCGGCUUCAUGCAAUGGCACCGCAUGGCAUUCACUUCAUCUGUCAAAAGCACCACUUCAGUCAUCCCGACCUUUCAGCAUCCAUUGCGAAUGGUAGAAAGUGAGGAUUUCGAAGACAUUCUCAUCCAGUCUUACUUUGGCUCCGAGUUUAUUGGCGCAACAACCCACGCCUUCAACAUCACAUUUGCCUACUUUGGCAACAGUUACUACGACAGUUUUAACCUACUUUCUUGGUCUUUUGUUUUCGGAUACGGAGAUUCUCCGCAGAGUGAUAUCAACUGGGUGCUGGCUUUUGUCCACAUAUUUGGAUUCAGCUUGAUAUCGGUAAUGAUGACCUGCUGUUGCUGCCUUUAGCUCUGUAAGUCUUUCAAAAGUCAUUUCUAAAAUUAUUGAGAUUGACGACAAUUUUGGUAUAUUUAAGGCGCACAGAUUUUAAUACAUAUCGAUUUAGAAAUUUCAUUGGAUGCACACCGAGUAUCCCAUAAAACAUGAUCAAAUCCGUGAUUUGUGCUCAAAGAAUAUGUUGCCGUAUACAAAUGAUCUGCUAAAAAAAUCAAAGCCUUAUUAAAACAAAAACGGUGAAACUGCUUUUUAUACUUUUUUAACGAGAUAAUAUUGGAAAUUAGGUUGGCUGUUUUAAAUGGAAUAAAAACAUAUCAAAAAAUCAAAAGCACUGUUACAAUGUGAAAUCCCAUUCUGCAGAAUAUAUUGGCUGCUUUUGUAAAUGCACUGAUUGUGAGGAUCUUUUUGCGACAUGCUCUAUAAAUAAAUAAAUAUAAUUAGCUGCGCUUUGAAAAGUAGAAAAAUGCACUACUGCUGUUACUUUGGAUCUGGAAAAAAUCAGGUUCAGCACGAUCGUUAAUAAAAAAUUCAAUAUUCACAAAAUCUUCUUCGCGGUGUCUCUCUCAAUCAUAAUAUAACUGCAGCAGGAAUGGGAGUAAGAAAUGAAUAGGAGUGCUAAGUGAUAAUCAAAUAGUUUGACGCCUGUACAAAAAUUUGAGCUCGACCUGAUACAUAUCAUAAAACAAUGAUGUUAAUUGAGGACAUUAUUGUCUUGUUGAAAAUCAUAUAUAGUCUGAAAUCCUUAAAUCACUUUGCAAAAAUCCUCAAAAAUCACUCCUGAUGAGCACAUAUUUGCACAUAAUUGUAUAUUAUUUUAAUGGGAAAAAAAUUGAAUUGUAUAAAAAGAUUUUUUAAAUAGCAGCAAAGUUAAAAUAUAAUUAAACAACUUGUUUUGAUCAUCAGAUUUCAUCAGAUAUAAAUUAUAAUGUAAAGAAUAUUCAAGUCAUCUAUUAAAAUUUUGAUUAUAGAAUUUUCUAUUAAAUACAAAUACUCAGGUGCAUAUUUUUAUGACCUUUCCCUAUAUCCUGAGGACUAUAUGCAAUGCAAUACACACAUGAUUAUGGGCCGCUUUUGAGUUGCAAUCAAUUAAAAAUGGAAGGAUUUUAAGAUAUCAUUGUGAAAAUAUGUUAUUUUCGAGUAAUUUACUUGAUAUUUAAAAAGUGCGUAGAUAAAGUCGAGAUUUGAAGAAGAAAAAUGUGGCCACGCCGCAAAAUUGAUGUUAAAAUAAUUUAUGUCAAAUACACAGAAAAUUUCACCUCCUAAUGCGCUUUAUGGAAUAAUAGCAACAAUUUUAUGGACUUGUAUGUUUAUCUCACUUGUAUGACUGGUUUUAUUAGUUAAAAAUUAAAAAAAGUUAGCUAAAGCAAUAAAAUUUUAUAUAGCCAAAUAUUUUGAAACUAUGUACAUUUGAUUAAUUUUUGUGUUAUUUUAUGUACUUUUUGGUUACUUGCCAAAGAUGAAUUUAUGUAAAGCAAUGACAGUUGGAAAAAUAAAAUAUAAAAGGUUU